CUUAUUAUACGAACCCUUAAUGUUCUCGAGAAGAUUGAAACCGGUUGUAUUAAUUUAAAUAAUGGCGAAACCCCAUCAAUACAAAGUGUCUGCAGAAUAUUAGACACCAAUCAAGAAUUGAUUACUUUGUUCUCGACAAAUCCUUCGGGAAAGAACUGUCGAUCCAGUUUGGAGGGCGUCUGGAAAUUUGGGUAUCAAAACAGAUAUAAAUUCACGGGAGAGUGCACUCAUCCCGAGGCAAACAUCACCGCCUGUCAGAUCCCAGGAACACAAUUCUUUAAUGUGAAUCAACAGUUUAUAAUGAAUUAUAGAAAGUGCACCGGUAUGCAGGACACAGAGGAUGCUGAGGUGCAAUUUAAAUGCUUAGGGGACUGGUAUGUCGGC